AUGCUGUCUCUGAGCUGCGCGGACCCGUGGCCUGAAGGCUCGGUGGGGCUGGAGGAGGAGGUGGUGACCGCGGCUGCGCAGGCCGAGGAGCGGGACGCGGUGAGCAGCUGCAGCAGCUCGGUGAGUCUGGACGACAGCCUGACCAGCCUGCAGUGGCUGCAGGAGUUCUCCAUCCUCGGUGCCAACGUGCCGCAGCGCGUCCAGCAGCAGCAGCAGCACCUGUUCGGGCAGCUGGGUUCCGACGCUCCGGCCUCGCCUCUGGCCGGGGACCCCGCCUCCAUGGGGACGCCUCUGACCCCGGGGAAGCCCACGGCGGCGGCCUACAGUCGGUUACAGUCGCUGCCGGGCAUCGUGGCGCACGGACACUGUCCCGACGACGUGGACUACAAGACGAACCCGCGCAUCAAGCCUCCGUACUCAUACGCGACCCUCAUCUGCAUGGCGAUGAAGGCGAGCAAGAAGAGCAAGAUCACCCUGUCCAGCAUCUACCAGUGGAUCACCGAGAACUUCUGCUACUACAGACACGCGGACCCCACCUGGCAGAACUCCAUUCGACACAACCUGUCACUCAACAAGUGCUUCAUCAAGGUGCCCCGGCAGAAGGAUGAGCCUGGGAAGGGCGGUUUCUGGAAGAUUGACCCACAGUACGCUGAUCGCCUCCUGAGUGGUGCCUACAAGAAGAGACGAAUGCCCCCGGUCCAGAUCAAUCCGGCACUGCAGACCCGCCUCAGGGUCAACCUUCAGCCCCAGUCCAGAGGACCCUGCAGCCCCACCGGAGGUCAGAUCAGCCUGUGCAUCAACCCAGAGUCCCAGCGGCUUCUCCGGGAAUUCGAAGAGGCAACAGGGGCCGACCAGAACUGGGACCCCCAUCUGGCUGAGGGGACCAUGCUGGGGUCCUGGCCGGUGGUCAGGGGAAGAGGUGGGCACAAGAGGAAACAGUCACAGGGCUCUCGAAAUGGUGUCGGCAAAGCCCCCCGACGCUCCAGCUCCCCUCUGCUGUCUGUGGAUGAACAGAAGGAGAUUGGACCCCUGAAGGGGGACUUUGACUGGGACGCCCUGCUGGACUCGGCCCUCAGCGGGGAGCUGAGCUUGGAGGAAGGUGAACCUCUGAGCCCCAUCAUGAAGGAGGAGGACCUGACAGUGAGGGGGACCCACAUCUCACCUGUUGAUGCUCCAACAGAGACUGCAGACAUCCAGAGGAGUACCGACUUUGACGAGGAGACGUUCCUGGCCACAGCCUUCCUGGAGAGCCCCUGGCCGGAGGAGGAGGAUCAGGGCCGCAGUGAUUUCCUCUGCAGCUCCACCGUCAAUCUGGACCAGCUGUUCAGCCUCGAAGACUCUUUAGACCCCAGCACCCGGAUUGACACCCUCCUUUGA